GUUUAUUCUGCAAUUAUCAAGGAAACUUUCCUCUCUCUCUCUCCCUCUCUCUCUCUCUCUCUCUUAACCCGUAGUUUAAAUGGAGAAUAAAAUGCAGGAAAAGAAUAAGAAGAUGAAAGUAAAGAAAGGGUGUCUUGCAGUUAGCGUUGGGCUAGAAGAUGAAGAUGGAGGUUACCAAAGAUUUGUCAUCCCAAUAUCAUAUCUGCACGACCCUUUGUUCAAGCAACUCCUUGACAAAGCUCGCGAAGUUUAUGGGUAUAAUGCUACGGGCCCUCUUAAACUUCCAUAUUCAGUCGACCAAUUUCUUCAUAUUCGGUGGCAGAUUGAAAAGGAGGCUAAUAGUCACAGCGCCAAUUAUUUUCCUCACCAUCACCACCACCACCUUGCUUUAUCCUUCCAUUCAUGUUAGAUAGAUUCGAAUCUAUAGCCAGAAAUGAAUUUAUGUCGCCAACUUUCAGUUUAGUUAGUAAUACUUAGAUUCUUGUUGAAGUUGAUGCAAUAUCUUCUUCUUUUUUUCAUUUUUUUGUGUGUUACUGGUGUAAAGUGAAAAUAUAAGCAAAAAGUAAGAUGAAAGUUAUAUAUGAAAUUGUGUAUAAGGAAUUUUCAUCCAA